CCUCUUUUGAAACAUCAAGCUCUUGGGAGUUGGGACAGAGAAGCAGACUCUAGUGUGGAGCUGCAAUGGAAGAAGAGAUUGAACAGGAAGCACCAGAGGUCCCAAAAGUCCGAGGCCGACACAUAAAGAAAAGGGCUCUCAAGAAUAAAGCUCUCUCCGUUUCAUUCGACGAGAAAGACCUCAAGGACUACGUGACUGGGUUUCACAAGAGGAAGAAGAAGAGGAGAAAGGAAGCUGAAAAGAAGCAAGAGGAGGCUAAAAGGCUUAAGCGCCUUGAGGAACGCAAAAAGAGAAGAUUGGAAAAAGAGUUUGUUUUAUAUGGUGGAAAUCCACCACCCACUGAUUCUGUGCCUGAUGAAAGUGAGGUAUACCUUGAGGAGGAUGAAGAAGGAGAGCCACUGGCACCAAUUACAGGAACAACACUUUAUGACAAUGGCGAAAUGAAAGUCACUGUGACAACUAGUGAUAUCACUGGUGAUGAAGAGAACUUCCAUGGUGGAAAUACACCAGCUACUGUGCCCAGCUUUAUUGGGAUCAAUAAAAAGCACAAUAUACCUGUGAGUAAAAGUAAACCAUUCAAGAAAGUUGCAAGACGCAAAUCGCGGUCAAAGCCACAAAGUAAAAGAGACAAAAAGAAAGGGAAGAAAAAGAACCAGAAAAGGCGGUAGUUGUUUUCCCUUCAAUUUAUUGGGUUGAAGUUUUCUGCUGUUAAGAUGAAUAUCGAGUUUAUCAAGUGCAGCUGCUGAGAUUCCUGAUUAGCUGUUGGUUGCUGAUUUUUGUUGUAUUAUAGCAUUGCUGGUUGCUAAGUGUCACUUUUUAAUCCUUGCUUAUAAGAAAAUUUCUAUAUUUUUUGGCCAA